UGAAGCGCUUGAAUGCGCCCAAGAGUUGGAUGUUAGACAAGUUGUCGGGUGUGUUCGCGCCCCGACCCUCGACCGGUCCCCAUAAGCUCCGGGAGUCGCUGCCACUGGUGGUGAUGUUGAGGAACCGUUUGAAGUACGCGUUGACGCGCACAGAGGUGAACAAAAUCGUGAUGCAGAGAACCAUCAAAGUGGACGGUCGGGUCCGCACUGACAUCAACUACCCGUCCGGCUUCAUGGAUGUGGUGACCAUUGAGAAGACUGGCGACUUCUUCCGACUCCUGUACGACAUUAAGGGUCGCUUCUCUCUGCAUAAGAUCACCGGCGAAGAGGCUAAGUAUAAGUUGUGUCGCGUGAAGAAGGUGUCGACCGGACCCAAAGGCAUUCCCUUCAUCGUGACACACGAUGGCCGCACCAUCCGAUACCCGGACCCGUUGAUCAAAGUGCACGACUCGAUCCGUCUGGACAUCGCCACCGGAAAGAUCUUAGACUUCAUUAAGUUCGAGACGGGAAACCUAUGU